AUGCAAGAUUCAGUUUUAGGUCUUGCUGGUUGUGCAUCAAGUCGUAUUGGUCGAGAUAUAGUUUGGAAAUUUUUACAAAAGAAUUGGAUGAAACUUGUUGAACGUUUUGGAGAAAAUAGCAAUUGUCUUAUUUCUUUAGUUGAAAGUAGUUUACCGGAUUUUACUGAUGACAAAACAGCAAAUGAAAUUAAAUCAUUUUUUGAUUCAGUUAAUACAUCAAUUGUAACACGAGCAGUAAAACAAGUUCUUGAAACAAUUUAUAUGCGUAUUAAAGUACUUCAACGUGAUUCAAAAGCAAUAGAAGAAUAUUUAACAGAACAAUAA